UUGUUACGACAGGUUAACAGCAACACACCUGUCUGCCACAGGCUGUCUUCACAAGCACUUCCCAAACCCAAGCACAUUUCUUUCACAUCUCUUCCUGAGUGUGACACAUUAGGAUUGGUAGCUGUAUCCUGCAAGCUUCUAACUAGCUGGCUGUGUGCUGGUUUCAAGUUAAAUGGUUUUUUAUCUUUAAAGAUUCUCAAUGUCUGCAAUGGUGGAAUCACUGUCAUUGCUUUCAUCAUUGCAUGAUGAAAACAAAUCAGAAAACUACCUAGAACCUCACUAUAAAGAAUGGUACCGUGUCGCCAUUGAUACUUUGAUCGAAGGGGGUAUUACUUCAUAUAAAGAAUUUCUUGUCAAAGAAAGAGCUACAGAGUUUCUAGCAGAGGAUGAGCUCAACUACAUUACGAAUCACAUCCAAAAGCCAGUGGAUAAUAAUGACAAUUCACAAGGAGAUUUUAAUGAUGACACCUCUUCCUCUGGGACAUAUUGGCCUAUGGAAUCUGAUGUAGAAGCUCCAAAUCUUGACCUCGGAUGGCCUUAUGUGGCACCUGGACAUGUAGGAGCUACAGACAUAACUUUGUAUUUUCAUCCUCCAAGAGGACAUCCCUUCACAAUUAAAGAAAUGAUUAGGAAGAUGAUCAAAGAAGCAAGGCAGGUGAUAGCCAUUGUUAUGGAUAUGUUUACUGAUGUCGAUAUUUUCAAAGAACUUGUGGAAGCAUCGACCAGAGGGGUACCAGUUUAUCUUCUUCUGGAUGACAUCAACUUUCCUCAUUUUCUUAAGAUGACUGAGAAACAGGGGAUACAAAUACAAAGACUCAGAAACAUGAGAGUAAGAACUGUUAAAGGCCAGGAUUAUUUUUCAAAAUCAGGAGCUAAAUUCUGUGGUCAAAUGGAACAGAAAUUUGUGCUGGUUGAUUGUGAAAAAGUCAUGUAUGGUACUUACAGCUUCAUGUGGUCAUAUGAAAAGGUCCACCUGAGUAUGGUCCAAGUUAUCAGUGGAAAGCUAGUGGAAUCUUUUGAUGAAGAAUUUCGAACACUGUAUGCCCGUUCUUUCAUUCCCUCUGUGUUUGGACCAGAAGAUUCAGUAAUAGGAAAACAUAAAAAAAUUCCCUGGGAAACUCAUUCCUACCAGAAUUCAAUAUCUUCUUUAAUUUCAGCUUCAAGUCAAAGAAGCCUCUUUGGAAGAAAAGACCAAAUUAACACACUGGACUCUGCCUACUUAAAAACAAGAAGUAGAUUUACAAACAAUGAAGAGGACAAAUACGGCAUGAGAACUUUAUCGUAUCGUCCUCAUCACCAGUUAGGAUUCAAUGUCCAAAAUAAAAUGAAUCACUUCCAGCAAUUUGAACGGCACGAUAACUGGAAGCGACAUAGCUAUGCUGCUGGGGACAAGGCAGAGCCAUCUUCCUACCUGUUGCUAAACAGAAGUAUUAACAACAGAGCUAACAAUGCACCAAUUAACUGGAGUAGGCAAGCAGAUGUUUCCAGUAUUGGAUCAUCAUCAAGAGGUGGCUAUUCAAGCAAUUAUAAUUACAAUGGAUCCACACAAAGUUUUGCUAACAGGUUAUCACAAAGGCAGGCACCCAAACUUCAUGAAAGAAAUUCAAAUGUACGAAGGUCUUUCCAUGGAACAGAUAGCCAUAUACGAUCAGUUCAGCAAAGGAUGCCAACACUGGAACAUACUACCAAGUCAUUUCUACGUAAUUGGCGAAUUGAAUCUUACCUAAAUGAUCAUUCGGAUAUCAUCCCAGACACACAAGAAACUAAUGGAGACAUCAUAGUAAAUGAGGGGAAUGAAAACGUCAUUGAGAAUUCUCUCUAUAAUCACUCUCGUCUCCGCUCAUCAAUAUUGUAUAAGCCAACAUUGCCUGAACAAAAGGAAGCUAACAGUUAUACUACUGGUUCAUCACAUUCAAACUCCACCAUAGUUGAUUCUCAAGGAAGCCUCACACCAAAGGCAUGCACACCACAAAAUAGGUUCUCGGAGUCUAGUAACAUGAAUAACUUCAACUAUGAAGCUCAUCACUUGUCACAACAGGAUACACUAAAGAGACAUAGUUUGCAGGUUCCAGAUGGCACACGUAUAGGUUCACAUUACACAAAACAGGGACCAUCCAGUUACCUCUAUACAACUCUUUGUACUAAUAGACCAUCAGACAGUGUUAGGAACCAGCAAAGUGAUAGCAUCCUAAAACGACGCAGUUUGCCUAUUUUUGAAAGUCGGAAAGUUAAUACCAGUCAAAAUAGCAUAAUACCAGAAAAUUACAUUUACAACACUUUGGUAAAACAAAAAGCUGAAAACCCUGUUCAUCAAGGUGACGCAACAUUAAAUAGCAGUCAGAAAUUAGAAACCAGAUUGCACAAUACAGACAACAGCAGCAAACCACACAACUCUAUUGUGACCAAUGCCUUAUCCACAGAAUCAUUAGAUGACAUUAAUAAUGAGGAACAUGUGAAAGAUGGAACUGGCAAAAAAGAAAGCAAGGGAUCCCCCAAUUUUCUUAAAAAGGGAUCAAAAAAGCUUAAAUCUUUACUUAAUCUCGCACCGGAGAAAAAAGAAAGCCUAUCUAAAAACAAAACACCUUCUUUUUAUAGAAUGUGCAGUAGUUCAGACACACUAAUUUCUGAAGAUGAUAGCCAGGAAAGUAAUAAAAAGUCUGAUACAAAACAUGAUACAUUGCUAAAACGAGAAAAGUCAUCUUCACAAUUCAGUCUUCAUAAAAGUAAAGAAAAUGUUGGUGCUAGCAUAUCUCCCACUGCCAUCAUUGAUGAGUCCAUUAAAAAAAAUCCUGCUCCUGCUGCUACAAUUGUGGAGAACAAAUUUCUGGAGAAUACUGGAGAUGCAUCUGCCCCGCGAUUUAAUACAGAGCAAAUGCAAUUUCAAGAUACCCGUACACAAAAUGUUCCCUAUGGAAGGGCAAUGUCUCCAGCAGUGCAGCAUAGGGAAAUGUAUCUGAGGCAUCAGAAAGAGGCAGCACAGAGGGAGACAUCGAUGCGAGAGUUACAACAUGAUAUGCCUCCAAUGUUACAGAGGGAGAUGCAUCUGAGGCACUCACAACAUAGGGAAAUACCUCAAAAAGACAUACUACGCAGGGAUUUACACAUUCAACAAAAACCAGAUUACCCAAAACCUCAAGUGGACCCUAGUCAUGCUCGAGUAACUGAAAGGAGAAUUUAUAGUCGUUUUGAACCAUUUAGUAAGCUAGAAAACACAAUUACACCUAGUGUGCACAACAAUAAUGUUCAAAUUCCAGACUUUACUAACAAAGGGAUUGGAAAUAACUACAACAGACCCAGUAAUCAAAUGAAUUACAGUUCGCCAGUUUACAACUAUGUGCAACCGAAUGAAAAUAGAUUCGGAAGAUUCAUGCAGAAAUUUGGAAGCUUUAUUCACAAAAAACAAUAAACAAAAUGAACCAUUUUUUGGACUUUUCUAAUUCAUUGUAAAAAAAAAAAAAUAACACAACCAAACAAAAUGGCUGCUUCAUACCUAAAAAGGAAGAAUUAAUGUAUUUUCAAAAAAAGAGUUUUACAACUGUUGUAUAGUAAUUGGUUUUCUUAAUAAAACUAUUUUGGUCA